GCCCUGCACGAGACCCGCACAAAAAAAGGCCGAGCCCCUCGUUCCUUCACGCGCUCACUUCAUCACCUCAUCACAUCGAUAUUAAGUAUUUAAUCAUGAAACAGUUUUAAGUUGCCAGCCUCUUAAAGGCAUUCGUUUAUUUUUAAUGAGCCGCACUCAGUUCAUUCACAAUCUCUCCAAAUAUUACACAUAGCUCCCUUUUCAAUUUCUACCUUUUAAAUGGACAUAUAUAUCAUUUUCAGUGACAUGUUUCUGAAAAUUAGCAAGAAGUAAGUACUUCUCCUCAUUUACACCUUACUCUCCUGAUGUCCCUUACAACAUUGCAAUAAGGGACAUCACAAUAAAUAGACCCUCAUUAGGGGCAACAAAAACACACGGGCGUCAAUUAAUUAAAUCUUUCUCUGAUCUUCCUCGCGAUCCUUCGAUCUUUGUCAUGGUCCUAUAGGUUUCCUAUAAGGACAGUGUUUGGGCACUUGCACACGCCCAGCUACACACGGCUACAGGGAAACAAGCUGGUGACACUACAGACGGACGACGAGCCCGGUCGGGCAUCGAUCUCGGCGGGCGGAUUACUUUCACGCAGACUCAAGUACUCAAGUGCCUACUGUUCUAGGAGCAAGUAGCUCGGUCUGGAACCUGUUUCGGUUUCAAGUGCUGGACAUUAUUUUCGAAGACUUACAUGAAAUUGACUAAUUUCGUGUGUUUCGAUCGCAGUCGCAGGUUCGGCGCCGCGGCAGCGCAGUCGGCGUCGCAGUAGCUGCAUUUGAAAUGCACCUACAAAUUUUUACCUGUCACUCAGCCAACGGCAUCUCCAUCUCGCUCUGCAGUCUUGUGCGUCGUCUCCAUCUCGCUUGCACGCGGAGUCUUGUGUGAAGGCGACGCCUGCAAGUGACACGCGGAGGCAACGAGUGGCCGGCGGGACGGAGAGGCGGACUGCGUUGCCUGCCCAUUGAUGAAAUUGACUUUUUAUGUUGCUUGCCGUUGACUUCUCUUCGAUUUUGCGUGGCGCUGCUUUCGGUCGCUGCAGAAGUUGACGUCGCUGUCGCCGUUGCCGUCGCCGUCGGCUGCGCCGAACUGAAACUGGAAUUUUGGGAUUAAGUUUUUGUUUACUUUGAGGAGGUUUUUUAGUUUGUUUGUACGCCUCAAGGAAGUCGGUUCGUUGUGCCCGCGAUCCACAGCAACAACAAUAACAACAAAGACAAUAACAACAAAAGCCAUAAUAACUCAAAUCUGUUAAGUGCUCGUAACUGGAUUAAUACGAAUAUUUAUUGCUUUAUUAGCCGCAUUAAUCAAAAGGCUUACAACAAAGCCCAUUAAAUGCUCAGCCCGAUCGAUCGAGCAAUAUUAAUAAUAACAACAAAUGUAGCCAAAUUUGAACAAUUUCAAGUCAGUUGCAAUUAAUAUCGCACUUUUGCAUUUCUGUGAUAUAUUUGUGUUGUGACAAUUUGAACUUAAAUUCCGCGUUACGAUAAAUCAAUCCUUAAACAAGCUGCCUAACAGAAAACCGUACAAAAAAUCAAAUCAAUAAAUUAUGGGCAUUUUGCUAAGUGAUGGCGAUUCGACCUCGGAUCAGCAGUCAACGCGUGACUAUCCGCAGUUGAGCGGCGACUACCACAACGUGCAGCUACAGGUCGCCGCCGUCGCUGCCAGUUCCAAGAUGUAUCACAGCAGCAGCGCCGCUGCAGCGGCCGCCUACACAGAUUUGGCCGCUGCCGGGGGCGCUGCCAGCGUCUCCGGGUAUCAUCAUCAGCAGGCGGUCAAUGCGCCCGUCUAUGUGCCCUCCAAUCGCCAAUAUAACCACGUGGCGGCACAUUUCGGCAGUGCCGCCGCGGCACAGAACGCCUGGACAACGGAUAGCUUUGGAUCGGCGCAUGCGCAGCUGCCGGCGCAGUUCUAUACACAGAACGCAGCUGUCAUGAUGGCGCCCUGGCGCAGCGCUUACGAUCCAACGGGCUUUCAGCGCUCCUCCCCCUAUGAGAGCGCCAUGGACUUUCAGUUUGGCGAGGGGCGCGAAUGCGUCAACUGUGGUGCCAUCUCCACGCCACUCUGGCGACGCGACGGCACCGGCCACUAUCUCUGCAACGCUUGCGGACUGUAUCACAAGAUGAACGGCAUGAAUCGGCCGUUGAUAAAGCCCAGCAAGCGACUGGUGAGUGCAACCGCCACGCGCCGCCUAGGCUUGUGCUGCACGAACUGUGGCACUCGCACCACCACGCUCUGGAGGCGCAACAACGAUGGGGAGCCAGUGUGCAAUGCCUGUGGCCUCUACUUCAAGCUGCACGGCGUCAAUCGGCCACUGGCCAUGCGCAAGGAUGGCAUCCAAACGCGCAAGCGAAAGCCCAAGAAAACAGGCAGCGGCUCCACAGCGGGAACUAGUUCGGGAUCGGGCUCUACAACGGAGGCCAUCAAGGAGUGCAAGGAAGAGCAUGAUCUCAAGCCCACGCUUAGCCUGGAACGACACAGUCUGAACAAGUUGCAUACGGAUCUGAAGAGCUCGCUGGCCGGCAGUGCGGUCAGCAGCCUAAUGGGGCAGCACCACAGCCAGCAGCCGCAACAGCAGUCGGCACCGUCACAUCAGCAAUGCUUUCCACAUUACGCCCAGCAGCACCAGCAGCAACAACAGCAGCAACAGCAGCAGUCGCAGCACCAACACCUCAGCCACCAAUCCCAGCUGAGUGCCAGGCAGUUGCAUGGAGCCGGCUCGCAGCUGUACACGCCCAGCAGCAGCUCCGCUGCCUCCGCGUACACGACGCACAGCAGCAAUGCCGCAGACACACCCACACUAAGCAACGGCACGCCCUCGCCUCACUAUCAACACCAUCAUUUGCACGCCGCCGCCGCGGCGAGCAGCUCGCAUGGACACCAUGCAGCGGCGGCUCAUCACCACAUACACGCGGCCGCAGCAGCCGCGGCAUAUGGCGUCAAAACGGAGGCGAGUGCCACCAAUUAUGACUAUGUGAACAACUGCUAUUUCGGGGCCUCGUUUGGGGCGCUGGGUGGAGCCGCCUCCUCGGCAAUGGCUGGUGGUGCAACCAGCGAUCUGGCCGGGUACCAUCAUCAGCACAAUGUCAUCCAGGCCGCCAAGCUGAUGGCGACGUCCUGAGCGGCGGCGGCGGCGGUGACGGCGGGCACUGUGAUCUCUUCUCCACAACACACACAGCGUACUACAGACACCUUCGUUGGAGCCUCGUUGGAAUGGUAUUGAAAAGACUUUUGAAUUAGUUUUACAUAAGUUGCAAUUAGUUUUUUAUGGCUUGUAAAUAACUGCACGAAAGUUUUGUACAAAUAUUUGUUUAUCGCCUUGUUCCGUUUCCCUUAACCACUACGUAAGUCUCCAGUUACUCUAAGGUUUAGUUUUGUACACCAAUGUGUAAAGUGUUUGCAUUAACCUCUUUCUCUAAUUAGCAUAAAUCAUCCAUAUCAAACACAAUGCGCACCCAAUCAUAGAUCAUUUAGCCAUAUGUUAAGUAGAAUUUCUUAUAAGUCAAUGCAUAUUACCAUUUAAAUAAAUAAUAUUAAUUUAAAGGAUACACACGAUUUGAAA